AGUUUUUUGUGAUUUGAGCAUUGAGCUUGAUAUUAUUUUUGAAGUUAAUAAAAUGCUUUCGAUUUUAAGAAAACUUUUGUAUAGUAAAAACAAGAAUUCAGAUUUAUCUAACGUGUUGUGACUUAUAUUUCAUGAUGUGUAAAACUACUGUGCAACUAAGUAUUGAAGAAUUGAAUUAACGAUUUAUUUAGUGGUACGCAAGAUGGACGAAUUGUGUAAGGGAAUGUCACAAACAGGAAGCUCAAUUAUUGCAACUGACAAAACUCAAGAAAAUAAUGGUUCUAUGGUGUAUGUCAACGAUCCAUGUCUGGAGUGCGAACGCGUGCGUGCUGCGUGCGAACGUCUCGGUUCCGUUGUUGCCGUUAGCACUGGGCAAGGACUUCCUGCGCUGACGUCGCCAGCCUAUUUUAUUACGUCACCAUUUGAGGGCGAUUUAUUCGAUGCAGCGCACAAAGCUAAAUAUAGGGUGCUGGGUCCUACUGCGGUGCUGCAACUGGCGCAGCGUGAUGAGCCACCACCAGCGAACGCACGUCCUCUAUACUCUUUGGCCAUGCGAGGAGCUGUCAUAUGCUUCUCGGGGUUUAGAAAAAAGGAUGAACUCACGUACCUCAUAACGUUGAUACACUACAUGGGUGGUUCAAUACGGAAAGACAUGUCAAGUAAAGUCACCCAUUUGAUAGCCGCCGCCGCGACUGGUGAUAAAUAUCGAUAUGCUUCUGGCUUUGGCCUCCCGGUGCUGGCGAGAUCAUGGGUGGAUGCGUGCUGGGAAAGACGGGAUGAUCCCGCCUGCCUGGCCACCGAUGAUGCUAUUAUUAAAGAGCAUAAGUUGCGUGUAUUCGCUGGUGCGAGGGUUUGUUUUGUGGGAUUCCCCGAAGAUGAGACUCAGCACAUGGCAGAGGUCCUUGCGAGUAAUGGUGGUGCGUCAUGCCAAUUGGACGAUCCUGAUUGCACGCAUGUCGUUAUGGCCAAUGGGGAGACUUUCGGUCGUUCGCUUAUCCUUUCACCCCAUUCGAAUACCCCUAACUCGACCAAAAUCCGCUCGACACCCACAAGACCUCAGACCACACCAAAAACCUCCCUCUAUCGGAGACUCUCAGCACGGUUAUCCGGCUGUCGCUCUAGUCCAAAUAAACAAAGCAAUACAAUCGAUGAUGAAAGAGAAAAGCGUUUACAAAACGCAAGAGAUAGGUUUAGAAAAACUAAAGAUAAUAGUUGCGAAAGUAAAGACGAGAACAGUAUUAGUAAUAGUGAGGCCGUAGCUAACGUAGUUAGUGAAAAUGAAAUUGAUAGUAUAGAUACAAGGAAGUACAAAAAUAGUGAUAAAGAAAAUAAGCAUGUGCUACAUAUAAACAGAACACCCCUCAAAGACAAAAGGGAAGUGUUUAAAAAUAAAUCUAUGAAUAUAUUCAACAUUGUAGAUUGUUUAACGGAAGCGGGCUCGUUAAACUCAUCCCUAACAAAGAGUCUAUGUGAUUUGGAUUACAAAGAUGAAACUGGCUAUUUGUUGCCAUCGUCAGUUGAAUGUAACUCGACCACAACGAUAUCAUCAGCCAAAAAAAGGAGUCGCAACUCAACAGACUCCAACAUACAAGUGAGUCCAAUAGAUGCUGCGAAUGUAUCGCCGGAUAAAACGGAAGAUUCCACAUGGAAGUCAAUCAAAAGACUGAAAAUUAAAGACUCCUUCAAGUUCAAGAAUCGACCGACGAUAUUCAAACGCACUAAAAAGGAUUCAGUGACAAAAGUGGCUGGUGAUAUUUCUGUGGAACCAGUCAGUCCUGAUAGUGUGAAGCCGACGGAUCCAGGAGGAGAGUUUGUAGCGUCAACAUCGUCUCCUAUCAGAGAAGAUGAUAAUACAUCGAUCUGUUCAAUGAAUCUCAGCAAACAGUCCAAUGUCUUUGACACUUCCUUCGCGUCCAUGAAGAGCUCGAAAACAGUCAAGUCCAAACUUCGCAGAAGCGUGAAAUCGUUCACGGCAUCGUUUAGAAGCGAGCGAAAGAAGAAAUAUGAGAAACGAGCCGAAUGUAAUACAGUGGAAGUGGAUCCUUCACACCUGGUUGAUUUGAAGAAUGUGUCUACACCAAAGAGAGAUCUGGAUGAUAUGCAUCUUGAUAUAUCACCAGUGCAAGUUGAUACAGUGGACAGUACGGAUAUGAGAACGCCCCAAGUGACGUUGGAUGAGUUGGAUGACUCCGCGAUAUUUAAGACGCCGCAUAGGAUUGUAAGGAGUCAACGGCACUCUAUAUGUGGGGAUGUUAAGGCGAAAAGUAACAUGUGCUAUGAGAGUCUCCCUUCCUUGCCCUCUGAAGCGGUAGCCUGCAAUGUGACACCGACUUCGACAACCAUCCGUGAAGUUCGCGUUUCAUGCCUUGGAUUCUUGCCGGUUGUGGACGAACAUAAUACAGUUGUGGUACCCGACUGUUGCCAAAGUAUUCACAUCGUGAAAGCGGAGUGGUUCUGGGCGUCUGUACAGAAUGAAGAAGCGCAAGAUGAAAGAGAUUAUUUGUUCAAAGAUUACCUAGACGAGAUAUCUCGCCGUUCAUCUGUAGGCAGUUCGAUUCCAAUAGAAGAAAACCCGGAACGCAACGUCGCGGGGACGCCCGCGCAUCUGCGCAUGCGCAAGCGCAAGUUGCGUGGCGGCGAUGCGGCGUUGCAUAAGAGAAGAUCAUCCGUUGGCGAUGCAGUUUUGCUGAGUUUAUCCGGGAAUUUGUUGGAUUGUACACCCUCGCCGGAUGGAAAGCAGUUGCUUGAAGAAUCAGAAGUCCCAGAUAAUGUUGUCCGGAAGUUGAUGUCACCGAGGCAACAAGUGUUUAUGGAAUUAUUACAGACUGAGUCGAACUAUGUUGGAAUACUACAAACAAUUGUCGCAAUGUUCAAACAACCGCUUGAAGAAAUGGCAGAGGAAGAUACCAAUAAUGGCAAGAACCAGGCAUUACUCAACAACACAGAACUCAAGAUUAUAUUUGGGAACUUACCACCGAUAUAUGAAUUACAUCAACGCAUGUUGGAAGAGCUGAAAUGGGCGCAGGCGCACUGGAGUGAGGAAGUCAGUAUCGGGCGUCUCGUACUCCGAUAUACGCCGGAUAUGGUGAAAGCCUACCCUCCUUUUGUCAACUUUUUCGAGAACACCAAGGAAAUGCUGCAACAGUGCGACCGAGAGAAUCCCAGAUUUCAUGCCUUCCUCAAAAUUUGCCAAACGAAACCCGAAUGCGGCCGACAAAGUUUACAAGAACUUUUAAUAAGACCUGUGCAGCGGUUACCGAGUAUUAGUUUAUUGCUGGAUGAUAUACUGAAACACACACACAAAAGCAACCCAGAUCACGUGGCCUUGGUGUCGGCUUUGGCCGGCCUCAGGGAGGUGAUGUCACACAUCAACGAAGACAAACGCAAGACUGAAGGACAGCUGCAGAUGUUUGAUAUUUACAACGACAUUGAUCAGUGCCCGGCGCAUUUAGUAUCGUCACACCGUUCUUUCGUGUCCCGAUGCGAAGUGGUAGAAUUGUCCAAAGAGCUCUCCGGGAGGGGAGAUCACCUCGUACUCUUUCUCUUCACAGACACGAUGGAAGUCUGCAAGAAGAGAUCAAAGGCCUUCAACAGCAAGAGUCCGACGAACGGCACCGGUACAAUGCGAAUAGGUUCCAGCAAACCCUACAGGCACAUAUCUCUGAUGCCUCUCAGCACGGUUAAGCGGGUGGUGGACAUCAGAGAAGCGGAAGAUUGCCACAAUGUGUUUGCAUUGAUGUGUCGAAGUAAUCAGGAGCUGAAGGAGAAACUAUACUCGUUCAUGAUAACCGAUGAUGCUGUCGACAAAGGCCACUUCCUUCGGCAACUCUGCAGGCAGAUGGCUAACACCGUCUGCAAAGCUGAUGCUGAUAAAUUUCUGGCGUGCCUCGAGUCGCACCAACUGGAUAUUGAUACAAGUGAUCUGGCGUUGAGUACGCUCUCAAAGGUUUCUAAGUUCGCAGCGAAGACUAGGAUUAAGCUGGAGGCGCUGGCAGGUCUGGGCGGUUGGCUGCGAGCGGCGCCUUCCGCUGCCUUCCUUGACACUUGGGUAUUGCGCGCUCACUUACUCCCGCAGGUGGAGAGGGCGUUGUCCUUUAACAAAACACCGUCGAAGCUAAAGAGGGCGAUGUCAUCGAUAAUCUCGCCGUUUGGUUCAACGUCCAGUUUGACGCCUGCCUCACAGCAACUCGCUCAAAUGAGGCUCGCUAGCUGUAACAAUAUCAAUGAGAUGGGCAGCAGUGGGGGUGCUGGAGAGGCAAGCGAAGUAUUAGUGGCACCGUUGUCAGUGCAACCUACCCGCAAAGCCACGGCCGGAGCCGCCGCAGCUCUACGCCGCUUCUGACGUAUACGUACGUGCGCACGCGCACACACCUAAGGGGCCGUUCAUAAAAUACGUCACACUGAAAUCAGUCUUUUUUGACCCCCCCCCCCCCAUUGUCACGCUGUGUCACACUUUUUGUGACCCCCCCCCCCUACUGAGUAUGAUAAAUUCUAGAGAAAUAGUAUUUUCAUUUGAUAAUGAAUCGAGAGCGCAGGGUACGUGGAAACGUUACUCUCUCAAGUAUUGGAAAAACAAAGAAACCCGUUCAUGUCAGGUAAUAAACGGCGAACGUCACGCUGCCCUAUACCCCCCUCCCCCCUUGUCACAUCUUGUCACACUCAGCCAGACCCCCCCCCCCCUUGUAUGCGAACGUAGUUUAUGAACGGCCCCUAAAGUAUACAACCGGUGCCUAGUGCAUUAAUACGGAAUUUUGCAUUGUCGUCUAUCGGGUCUUUUUGCUAUUUUUAAAACAAAUUCAAUAUUGAUUUAAAAGUAAUAAUCAUAAAUUAUUUAUUUAUUUCUACGCCAUUGCGCAGCGAGUAUUAGUUUGCAAAUUUUCAAAUGCCAUUAUGUCAUCUACGUGUAUGAUAGUCCAUUAUUGUAGUAAAUCAUUCAUACCUAAUAUAUUAUGAAUAUUUAUCAAAACAUUAGGUAAUGUCCAUAACACGUAAAAAAUUAAUCAGUCUAAUUGCGCUAAAUAAAGUACUCUGUCGUCUCUGUCUCUCUUUGCGUGAGGAAAAGGGACGGUCGAAUCCUUUGCUACUUGGAUUUUUUUUUAUAAGUCGAGGUUAUUAUAUUUAUUUAACCAGCUAAGUAAGGUUUAAAAAAUUGAAGUUAACUUUUGUUACUGCAUCUACAAUAGUUUGUUUCCGAAUUAAAAAUAGCAAAAUUGACCUCAAUAAAAGCCGGUAUAUAGUACCUUAUAUAUAGAACUUGUAACGUACAACUUCGCACAUAAACGAGAAGUAUUUGGUAUUUUAUUGCGUGUGCCUAUUGAAUGCUUUGUCUUUAUCACUCUUGAGUCAAUUUCUUAUUAAAAACGAGACAAAACAUUCAACAUCUAUUUAUAUGAAGUUUAGUAUUGUAAAUACUGUUAUUCGCAAAAACAUAGCCGUCUCUUUCUAACGAAUUGUGUUACUAUGUGAUGAAAAGAGACAGAUAUAGUUAGAACAGUGUGACUGUGUGUACCUAUGAAUCGAUGAAUUGUACAAUUGUAUUAAAAUAUUGUCUUUAGAAAAAAAUAAACGCGAUUUGUUUUUAAACUGUGAAAUUUGGUUCAUUUUCAUAAUUACUGAAAUUGUUCUUUAAAUAUCACACAAUCUGUAAUUUUUCUCUUUAUGUUAAAUCCAUUUGGUCUUAAGAAGUUGGACUAUAGUUUCCGUUACCAUGGUUACCAUGGUUACCAUUUUUAUAUGUACUGUAAUACUAUAUUUAAUUUAAUAAGGCCUAUGGGAUUUUGGAUGAUAUCAAAGAAGCCAAAAAUGUAUACGGGAAAGCGUAUGUUUCAAAGUGAAUAGUAAUGUGGCGAUUGAUUUUUAGUGUUUUUUUAUCUUAUAUAAACUUAUUGGGCAAAUGUAUGGGCUAUUUUUUUUUUGCCAUCUAAACCAGAAGUAUAUAUUUUCAAAGGAAAUGUAGUUUCUUACCAGUGAAGAUUGUGUAAUAAUUUGUAAAUAAUAUUGAUACUAAAAAAUCAAAGCUAUUUGUAAAACGGCUUUUCGGAAUCUUUAAGAUGUACCCUCUUUUUGUCAAAACUAAAUCAGUCUAUAGUUUUUUAGCAUCUGUCAUAUAAUUUAAAAUUCAUAAUUAAAUAACAUUGAUUUAAAUCGUAUGAUUACGUCUAUAGCUUGGAGUUUCUCUUUCAAAUACAAUAUGAAACGAUAAUUCUCAUGUAUUUUUCCAUUUAAAAUAUAAAUUAAAAUCAUAAAGAGGAAAUAAAACAUUAGACUGUUUUAGUUUUACAGUGUUAAUUUUACCUGUAUGAGGCCGUUCAAGUAUUGCGUAAACAGAUUUACUACAAUUUAUCUCCCCCCCUUUUUUUGUCACACUAAUCAAAGUCCUCAAAAAAAUAGUAUACAAAUGUAUGAAUUUUUGUAGCAAUCGAAUCUGUAUGCACCAAAUAAGGCAAUUAAAGACGCCCCCCCCCCAUAGUGCUUACGUAAUACUUGUACGUACGUACGUACGUAAUAUGAUGAAGUUUGGGUUUAUGUUAAUAUUAGAGUAGACGGCAAGGCCGUAUCUCGGCUAGUGCCUUCGAAUGCCUCGAAUCUAAAGUAUUUAGGACUUGGGUCCAGUGAUUUUAAAUCAAUGAAAUGGUGCAAAUAAUAAUAGAUUUCAUUAUGGCCAUUUUACAACUGUCAGUAUACAGGGUGUCUCAUAAAUCGACGUCAAAACUAUAGAGAUAUUUUUACUUGUCAAUCUAAAUAUUAAUAUUAUCAAAUGUAUGUCCAUCUGUUAUUACAGCUACUAAUGGGAUUUAAGAUUGUAUAAUGUACGUCGUAUCGUCAACCAAUAUAAAAUACAUUUUAAUAUUUUGCCAUUAAUUAGAUUUUAUAAUAAUGAUGGAUAGCCAUUUCUAGUAGUUACGUAUAAUCUAAAUAAGUAACUACUAGAAGUUACAUCACGUACUAGUGAGUGAUGGGACAAUGUACAUAUUUGAUUGUAGUCACUAAAUUCAAGUGUAAUCAUCUGCCUACAAUCAAAUAUCUAACAUUAUAUAAACAUAGUGUUUCUACAUACUACUUCGUAGUUUGGGAGCGUUCAAGUAUUACGUAACGAAUUUUAAGGGGUGGGGAUAAAACGUUCCGAUACUAUACAACCACAUAAAUGGCAACUUUUAGGUUUUAAUAAGUCAGAAGGUGGUAACGAAACGUUUUACUAUUGUGUACGUUACGCGUUACAUGGGGGGGGGGGGGUCAAAAAUCUCCAUUGCGUGACGUCAUACUUGAACGCUUCCCUUUUGUUUUAUUGAAAUAAAAAUGGCUGAAUUAAAAUCUCUUCAAAUCACUCGAAUGACUAAGUCGAAUAUGUUUUUGCAAUUAUGAUUUGCAAUUUGUAAAUAUUGUGAUAUUAUUUAAACUUGAUACAGUAGGUUAGUUAGCGUUCCUAUAAUGCCUCGUUAGCGCAAACAACGCUUCGUAGAGGAUCGAGACCUCUGUAACGCCAUUGUAUAUAAUGUUUUAUUUAUCCCUCGAAUAUACUUGAUAUGCGAAGGCAUUGUACAAAGAUUAAUGAUUGAGAAUAAAGGUUUAUUUUGAA